CCCGGCAUCCCUCGGGCGGCGGCGGCGGCUAGGCGAGACUAGGCGAGGCGAGGCGAGACGGUCGUGCGCUGCGGGGCCGGCGGCCGGUAGAGGUGUGAGGGCGGCGACAGACUGAAGGGGAGCCGGGCCGGUAGGGCCGCCGCCGCCGCCAUGCAGGAAAUCAUUGCCAGUGUGGACCAUAUCAAGUUUGACUUGGAGAUCGCGGUGGAGCAGCAGCUGGGGGCACAGCCUCUGCCCUUCCCCGGCAUGGACAAGUCGGGGGCUGCCGUCUGUGAAUUCUUUUUGAAAGCUGCCUGUGGCAAAGGGGGCAUGUGCCCAUUCCGCCACAUCAGUGGUGAGAAGACAGUUGUAUGCAAACACUGGCUGCGGGGACUGUGCAAGAAAGGGGACCAGUGCGAGUUCCUGCAUGAAUAUGACAUGACCAAGAUGCCUGAGUGCUACUUCUACUCCAAGUUCGGGGAAUGCAGCAACAAGGAGUGCCCCUUCCUGCACAUCGACCCUGAGUCCAAGAUCAAGGACUGCCCUUGGUAUGACCGCGGCUUCUGCAAGCACGGUCCCCUGUGCAGGCACCGGCACACGCGGAGAGUCAUCUGUGUGAAUUACCUGGUGGGAUUCUGCCCGGAGGGGCCCUCGUGUAAAUUUAUGCACCCUCGAUUUGAACUGCCGAUGGGAACCACUGAGCAGCCCCCACUACCGCAGCAGACGCAGCCUCCAACAAAGCAAAGUAACAAUCCGCCAUUACAAAGGUCGUCCUCCUUGAUCCAGUUAACGAGUCAGAACUCUUCUCCCAACCAGCAGAGAGUCCCGCAGGUCAUCGGGGUCAUGCAGAGUCAAAACAGCAGCGCAGGCAACCGGGGGCCCCGGCCGCUGGAGCAGGUCACCUGCUACAAGUGUGGUGAAAAAGGACACUACGCCAACAGAUGCACCAAAGGGCACUUGGCCUUUCUCAGUGGACAGUGACAGCAGCUGGAGCCAGCUCAGGGCAGCCCAAGGGGGCCCCACUGUUAGGAGCGUGCAUUUAACUGUCUCAUGCUGUGCUGGGUCAGCUCUGGCUGGAGCUGGCCCGUGGGCACAUGGGGGUCAUCGUUCUGAGGGGCCGCGUCCAUUAGUCUAUCAUUUUGCUGUAAUCUUUUUUUAAAGGGGGACAUGUGCUCCACUUGGGUCCCUCAAGUGGAUAUCAUGUUUGUCUAGGCAUCAGUGCCUCCUUUCUGGGAUUCCUGCACACCUUCCCUCUGCGGAGGGGAGGGGAGAGGAGGGAGUUGCCAGGGAAAGGCUUGUGCCACAGUGGUGUUGAAAGCUGGCCUUUCCCCUCAGACCCCAUUAAACACCAAUUCUUGGUGACCCUAGGGGCUGGUGGAUCCUUCAAAGCUGUGGCCAGGUCACGCCUGCUUCCUCCUUGUCCUGCUGAAUCCAGAA